GCAUCGCCGGAUCCGUUGUCUGCCGCAGUGCGACCGACUCUGGAAAUAUCCUCCUCCCCUCUCCUGUUGACCCUCUCCGAGCGCCGCGGGGAAGCAGGCCUCGGCCUCUCUACUGUCAGCCUGGGCCUGGAGUAGGUGCAGUUCGGGCUCUGGUGGAAGCCCAUGGAGCCAGGGAUGUUUCAGGUGGAGUUCCCCAACUUCGGCAACAACUUGCUGAGGAAGCUGAACCAGCAGCGAAUGGAGGGCAAGCUGUGCGACAUCACCAUCCACCUCCAGGGGCAGAUGUUCAAGGCACACCGGGCGGUGUUGGCCGCCUCCUCGCCCUACUUCCACGACCAGGUGCUCCUCAAGAAUGCCAGUCGGAUCGUCCUGCCUGGCGUGAUGAGCCCCAAGGCCUUCGAGAGUGUGCUGGCCUCCUCCUACACCGGCAAGCUGACCAUCCUGUCUCCAGAAAUCGUCAGCUACUUGACGGUGGCCAGCUUCCUGCAGAUGUGGCACGUGGUGGACAAGUGCACGGAGCUGCUGCAGGAGAGCCAGUCGCCGCCCGCGCCCAGCCACCAGGCUGUCAGCCAGAACCAGUCACCCAGCAGCAGCAACUACCUCAGCCCUUGGCACGGCCCCGAGGCUGGGGCCAAUGUGCCGGCCAAGUUCGAGAGGCCCGAGGAGGAUGAUGUCAAGCAGGAAGACCACCACCACCACCAUCGCCACCACCACCACCAGGAGGAUGAGGACGAGGAGGUGGAAGAGGAAGAGGAGGAGGAGGAGGAAGAAGGUCAUAAAGCUUCUCCGAACCGGGAGACGGAGCAGGACAAUGUCAUCAGCAACUCGGCUGAGCGGGACAAGUUUGGGGUGGAGGGCUGUGGCGGCGGGGGGUUAGGGGACGGUGCCGACUGCCCUUACCCUGCACCGGGCUUGACACCCCACAAACGCUGGGCGCUGGUGAAGCCCGGCAAAUCAGAGGAGGGCAGUGAGGAGGAACGUCCCUUCCACCCGGCACCGGGCAGGAGGAAGAAGCAAGAGGUUACGGGGUUGGGGGCUGAGCAUCAUGAGGCCGGCCACUUCCCGGAGCACAACUCACUGGCCGAGGAGUAUGACGAGUUUGCCGAGGACCCCGGCUAUGAUGAGCCCGUUGACUACUAUGGCUCAUCGGACGACUUCCACUUCGAGCGGGCGGUAGUGGGCGGAGGCGCCGGCGGUGGAGGUAGCCCGAAUGGGGCGGUGCUGCCGGGCAGUGAAAUCCAGGAGAAUGGGGCGUACGGCGUGCUGGGCGAGCCGGGACCCAGCUCCUGCCAGCCGCCUGCUGCCUCCGACUUCCCUGGUGGCGUCUACAAGCUCUACCCUUGCCAGUGCGGCAAGAGCUUCGCCCACAAGAGCCAGCGUGACCGGCACAUGAGCAUGCACCUGAACGUGCGACCCUUUGGCUGCCCCAUCUGCAGCAAGAAGUUCAAGAUGAAGCACCACCUGAUGGGCCACAUGAAGAUCCACACCGGCCACAAGCCCUAUGAGUGCCACUACUGCGGCAAGAAAUUCAUGUGGCGUGACAGCUUCACCCGCCACCGCAACGCCUGCGCCAAGCUGUACCACGCUGCCGCUGCCCCCCUCCCGGACCUCGACCUUCCCUCCGACCUCAGUGGCGCAGCCGAUCUCUGACCCCGGCUUCCCGGGCCAAGGGUGGGGUCGGAGGUGGGGGUUCCCUGCCCUUCUGACCAAAGAGAAAGGGCUGCUGGCGGGGCUGGGGCUGGGAAGGGGGGGCAGGUGGGCAAUUCAUGCUGUCUCCAGUCUGGAAGAGCUGGCAGGAUUACUGAUGAGAGCUGGUGGAACCAGCAAAGUCAAGCGUUUAAACCCUACACAUUGGAUCGGAUCAUACUGACAAUUUUAGCAAAAGUUUAGUAUUUAACUAUAUAAGAUAUGCAUAUACUGUAUAUGUAAAUUCUGGUGCUGUGCAUUGAAGUAUUUUUUACAGUCACCCUCGCUUUUGAUAUUUAUGGGACUCAAACUGAGAUGCUCAGCGGAUCUCUCAAGUGUCUGGGGUGAGAGGAGGAGGAGGACAUCACCGCUUUGUUGUAGGAACCAUGUCGACCAUGGCUCAGCGUGAAAGUGACUCUCCCGGUGUCAUGGGAGUGCAGCACUGCCACAAGCACUGUCUCACAGACUAGACUUUGUCCCUAGGGGGUGGGGGGGGGGGUGUGGAUGUUGGAGACUUUGCAGCCGCUCCUUUGACAGGCGUUGUGGCUGUUUAUUUAAUCCGUCAACUCAUGGAUCUGUUUAUCGUACGCGACGUUUCUGGGAUCUUUCUGCCUGUGAAUUGGCUGCAGUACUUCCAUGCUGACUAACCACAUUAGAAAGUAUUGUCGGUGCUUCAGAAAUGUCAUGACGCUCAGGAAAAGUAUUAAGUGUUUGCAAAUUCUUUCUAAACAAGGAAAGAUUCAACAACAAGCAUACCCUUCCCAGGCCCACCAAGAACCUUUGUCCCUGCGGGUAUCUUCCUUCCCUCUUGUUCAGUUCUCCAGCAUCGACAGUAUUUUAACUUUUUAUUUUGUUGUGUUUUUAGCUAUUUAUGUGAACCUCUGUUGAGAUGUAAUUCUUCUUGUGAAUAAAAGACAUUUCCGCUGACUGGGUUCAAGAUCGCCUGCUGCUGUGCA